ACUGCUACAAGUACUGCCAUAGUUAGUACCGGCGCCAACACAACUAACAGUAACAGCAAGGUUUCAAGCCCCAGCAAGACUGGUGCAACAGUUCCUUUGCGGUCCAUCUGUUCUGCCAAAUCCCCUGACAACGCAUCAACCCGGCCGCAACUGGGCUCCAGUAUAAACGGUCCACCGACUCUUCCCGAUUGCCCUUCAUCAAUCGCUUCCGACACCGAUUUCAAUCUUCAACUGCCGCUGUUGCAGCUUUCAACCAAGCUUCCUCAUUUAUCUCUGCCAUCACCGACCUCGCUAGCUCAGCCCCAACCGGGUCUCGUAUCAGUCUUUCAGUCCUCUAAGACAUAUACCACUUCUGUCAAUACACCCUCCACUGCUUGCACUCCGGAUAUUUCUACCCAUCUUUCCCUCUUUGAUGGCAGUGUCAGCCACAGCGGGGGUAGCAGCAACACUUCUACUGUCAUCAGUGGUGGAGACAUCAGCAGCAACCUCUCAGUGGUUGCUUCAUUACCUACAGACUUACUUCUUGGGCAGGUUGGCAGCGCAUCAGGUGGCUCUGUCCAGCUAGGUGUUUGGCCUGGAUCUUCUACCACUACCGCUAAUAUCAGUACUGCUACUACCACAAACACAAUCACAUCUCUAACCGCUGCCGUUCCCUCUACAAUCGUCUCUGCACCUACCUCUCUUUCAUCUUUACCUCCACUUGGUAUAUCCUUUCCUUAUCUGCAAGGGGCAUCCGCCUUAAGUUCCUUUUUUGGCUCCCCUGCAUUCGUCGCUUCUCCGGCCACUUCUGCAUCAUCUCUCUUUCCUUCCACAACUCUCGCCACUUCUGGUGCUAGCCCUAUAAACCCUCCAAGCCCCGUAAGUGCUGCUGCUGCAGCUGCCGCCUUUCUGCCCACGGCUCAGCUACAAGCUGCAGCAGCUGCCGUUGCAGCAGCCGCAGCCGUUCAUUUCCCAUUUGCAGCAGCCGCUGCAGCUGCUUUAGCUGGCUCGACUUCCACCUUAACAACUCCUUUCUCCUCAUCCCUCUGCAUUGCCAACACCACUGCCGCUACUGGGAUACCUCCACUUGCUGCUUCUCCGAGUCUGAGCUCUUCUCUUGCCACCUCCUUUUGGCCUUAUUUAGAGCACAGCAGUCCAACUGGCUUCGCUGCAUCUGGUGUGGGUUCUGUCGGUUCGCAGUUGCCUCAUAUAAGGUGGGCUAUAGUACUUGGUUUCUUCCUACAUAUGUAUGUGCAAACUGAUCAUACACUGAAAUGUUACUCAGAAAACAUUCGACCUUAUAAUUUAAAGAGACUUACCUAUCAAAAUUAA